GAGUCUGAAAUCUGUUACACAUAUAACUAGAAGAAACGAAUACAAGCCAAUCUAACAUCACCAAAAAAACGAACAGAUCCAAACAGAUCAAAGACCAAAUACUUACGAUCUAGCCAAGGACAAUUGGCUAGAGCUUACUUAUUGAACGAUUAAACCAACGCCAAACACACGGUUUAACCUAUAAAAAUAGCAAAUAAGAAAUGUCGAAGCGUCAACGCGAUAAUCCCGAUGUCUCGGCCCGGAAGGCGGCCAAGGCCCGGUUCAAGCAGCUCGUCCGCAGUGUCAUCCUCAAUAUGCAGUGGCUCAGCGAUGCCACCGAGGAGACCGGCCUGUCGCUGAAUGUCAAGAAGAAUGUGGCGAUGCUGGUGCGACAGAAGCGCAAGAUUGGCAUGAUGACCAUGGCGGAGAAAUCCCUGCUGCGCAUGCCACACUCGACGCGCACCGUCGAGGAGAGGAAAAAACUCUGCACAAUUGUGGCAAAUCUUUCCUGCUUUUCCAGAUUCAAUCCGAAACUACGUGCACGUUUGGUGCCGCAUCUGAAGUUUAUAGCGCUCACUCCCGGACGGCAUGUCAUGAAGGAGGGCGAUUUCCCCAUAACCAUCUAUUUCAUCAUAACCGGCGAAGUGGAGGUGUCGAAGAUGUUCUUCAACAAGGUUACCAAGCAAUACGAAUCAAUAUCGGAGGCUAUUUUUGGUCCCGGUGACUGCAUUGGAGACAUCGAUGUGAUGGAGGAUGCGCCCAGGACGAACACAUACACGGCCACAACGAACUGCGAGCUACUGGCCCUCUUCGACAACGACUACACAACCCUCCUGCAGCCGUAUAUGAAAAAACUUUGGGAGGAGAAAAAGGCAGGAAUACGCGCCCUGGAUUACUUCAAGUUCUUCACUCCAGAUCAGAUUGUGAGUGCCUGCAAGUUUGCGACCAUUCAGCAGUUCGAUCCGCUGGACACCAUCUACGAGGAGGAUCUGGGCUCCCUCAGCGUUGUCUAUUUCGUGCUCAGCGGCGAGUGUGUGGUGCUGCAAUGCCUCCACAUGAGGGUGUCCUUCUUGGGCAAUGAGAAAAGGUUCGAGCUGGACAGUGUGCAGAGGAAUGCUUCUUCUGGCAUUUUGGAUAUGGAACACACCAAGAACUUUGAUGUCACCGAUUAUCUAUUGUCCACUUCCACGUCGGAGCAGGAAAAGAAGGAUAAAAAGAAGGCUAUGCGUAAAAUGGGGCUCAAGGAAAUAGAGGAGGCAUGCGGCUUGAUGGCGAGGCCAGUGCCUAUUUCGCCAGAGCCUGAGCGGAAAGUUUUUCGGAAAACACGAUAUACAGUGUACAAGGGACCCGUCGACGACUACGAAACCUAUGUGAUGGAUGAGGACGCUGGGGAGAGCCAGGAACUGCAGUCGCCAGCGGCCUACAGCGAGUACUCGUCAUCCGAUGAUAGCUAUCGUACGCCAAGCCCCGAUGUGGAGGUGGAGAGCGAAUCCGAGGGCUUGGAGAUAUUCACCGCUUCCAUGGAGUCGAAGCAUUCGGAAGUAGCGCCAGACCCGAGUCCCGAGAAACGGGAAAAAUAUGAGACCCAUUUCAUAGAUGUGGGAUCGCUGACGUUCGGGGCCAUCUUUGGUCUGGGGGAGAAGAUGCACCAUCGCAACAUAAUGGCCCGCACCACCGUCCAGUGCCUGAUUAUACCGCGCUUCUGGCUGUUCGAGCCCGCCCAGAAUCCGGGCAACAUGUGGCAGCGACAGCUGCUCUACAUCCAAUCGAAUCUACCCACCAGAGAGGAGCUCUUCCACGACUUCCUCAAGACGCGCAAAUGGCAAAUGUUUCGCCACAACUAUGUCCAGAAAUUAUUGACCGAAAAGUCCAACUACUGCGAUACAAAGCCCGAGGAUGUCCCCAUCGUUGGUCGCAUCGUCGAGUCAACGGAAUACUCCUGAAUUCUUUUCUCUCAUUUCUACAUACGAUAUAUCCCCAUACACGUAUUAACUACCUUUUCAAAUCAAUCGUUAUAAAUAUGCUGUACUCGUAUCGCAUGGGUAUCAAAGGCAG